CAAAAUGGGUGAAAGUUCACGGGCAAUCCCAGCGCUCGGACUUCGCCCACCCCUGCUGCCCUGCGUUGUGCAGGAGGACAAAAACAUUUGGCUAAUGAGUGACAAGAGUGCAGCAGGGCUGUCCCCUGCCAUUGCUCACCGUGUCCCCAAUCAGUGACGGGGGGUUUUGCAAUCCGGGAUGUUAUUUCUGUGCUGUUGGAGUUUAAACUUUGCCACUUGGGUCACGGCACCACAGAGGAGGAGGAAGAGGUGAAGGUGGAGGUGCCCCUGCUUGGUGUCUGCUGGCUCCCCUGCGCACCGAGGGUGUUGAGGAGACAGGACGAGGCGGUGGGAGCGGAACCUCGCACAUAGCCAUGGCCUCCGGCGUGGGCAGCCUCGACCUGCUGGACCUCCUCUUCGACCGCCAGGACGGGAUCCUCCGCAGUGUGGAACUUGGGAAACCACCAGGCACCUGGCACGAGGACAGGCGUGCCCAGGACAGUGAGGACUUCCUCAGCUCCAUUCUGGGCUCUGGGGACUCGGCAUCCGGCUCUCCCAGCUGGUCCCCAGCCACCAGUGACAGUGGGGUCUCCGAGGACACCCCCUCUGACCAGCUCGACAGCCCCCCUGGGUGCUGUGACAGGGGUCCCAAUGAGGUCCUGUACCCCUACACCAAUCCCUGUGGGGCUGUGCCCAUCCCAGGUGGGGCUGGGGUCCUGCAGCCUGAAGUCUCCAUCGACCUGGACAUGUGGCACCCUGGCUUCUUCCUGGAGGAGAAUCAGGACCUGCCUGUGGUCUCCCCACCUGCAUCCUGCACUCUCACUGUCAAGGACCUGCUGCUCUCAAGCAGCAAUGAUGCUCUGCCGGUGCACAGCUCCCUGCUGAGGCAGAACCAGGGCCAGUUCCAGGAGCUGGUGCUGACGGAGGACGAGAAAAAGCUGCUGGCAAAGGAGGGGGUGUCCCUGCCCACACAGCUGCCCCUCACCAAGUACGAGGAGCGGGUGCUGAAGAAGAUCCGUCGGAAGAUCAGGAACAAGCAGUCGGCUCAGGAGAGCCGCAAGAAGAAGAAGGAAUAUAUCGAUGGGCUGGAGAGCCGGAUGUCAGCUUGCACAGCCCAGAACCAGGAGCUGCAGAGGAAAGUCCUGCACCUUGAGAAGCAGAACUCGUCCCUCCUGGAGCAGCUGAAGAAGCUCCAGGCCCUCGUGGUGCAGUCAAGCAACAAGGCAGCGCAGACGGGAACCUGUGUUGCGGUCCUGCUGCUCUCCUUCACUCUCAUCAUCUUCCCCUCCAUGAGCCCCUUUGCCCCCCGCAGGGCCGAGGCAGACAGUGACUUCAGACCCGUGCGAGUGUUCUCCAGGUCCCUGCACAACGCAGCCGCCUCCCGCGUGGCUUAUACGCAGCCCCAGGCUGGUGACGAGAAGCCGCCGGAGCUGCUGUGGUCAGAGCGCCUGGGCAAGACCCUGCACGAAGUCUUUGGUGGGCACGCGUUCACCCCACGCCUGGACAAAGUGCCUCCCCAUAAUGACACGCAGCCACUUCCCUCCGAGGGGCUGAGCCAUGGGGAUGGGGACCAAAGUGUCCCUGUGUCAGAGGAUGGCACUGCAGUGCACCAUGGCCUGGCACCGCUGGCUUGGAGUCAGGCUGAGCACAGCAGGCCCACGGCGCUGGAGCCGGCCGAGGAGCUUUAGGCAGCAUCCAGGGACCAUGGGGGACACACUGGGGUGGUGCAGGGUGGCACCUCGGGGUGACCCCCUUUAGGAUCUGGCCCUGGGCAUGGGUGGAUGCUGGACAUGCUUGGCUUUGCUUGUAUCUUGUGAACUGCGAAACGAGACGGUUCCCAGUGGCCUUACUGGGAGGGGAGGGUUGGCUCCAGCCUCCUGUGCAGCAGGAGCUGCAGGGACCCUGGGCUGGACAAUGUUGCAACUGGUUGGUUUUGGUUUGGGUUUUUUUAAGCUUUAUUUUCAUCGCUAAAUACAAGAUAUUUUGGAAAAAAAUGCACCUGCUUUAAUUCAACAU